AUGCAGUCCAAGGGCGGCGCGCGCGUUGCUUUCUUCCCAAAAGCAGAUGCAGCCGUCCUCGCAUCGAGACACGCUGCACCGGCAAUAUCCGAGCGUCCUACCACGACCGCACCAAUAUUCGAUCUUGAGCAUGCCGAUAAACCUCUGGAUUCAUGGACCGCAGGCCAAGUCGCAGCUGUAUAUCCACACAACCACGAUAUCUGGUCUCCGGCGCCCAUACCUGCUAGAGCGCAAUGUCCCACCAGUAUUCAUGCAGACAGCUAUCUCUUUCCCGUGUUGACGCGGAACGAGAGAUUGAGACUGACCUUGUUCUUCUAUUACACGCGCGGGGCGCUUGAGGAUGUAGAGCUAAUGUCUCGCCUCCAGGAGAAAGUCUAUCUUGCGCAUGAGACAGUAGGCUGGGAGUUUGUUAUCGCUGGCCUUCUCAACCACACUACAUACACCCGGAUGGUCACUGUGAACCUCCCCCUUGCAAUAUUACCCCGUCGCGAGAGUACAUGCGCCCACACCAUCAAUCAACCACCAGGCACGGUCUUCGCUAUGCAAAACAUGGCUAUCGACUGGCGCUUUGAAAAGUCGCCCCAUGUCGAACAGGGUGGGUUGCGCGCGUAUGCUGGUGUGCCGUUGAGAUUCGAGACUGAGUUUGGCGAGCACGUCGCUUUUGGCUCGCUAUGUGUCGCUUCCAACUCUCCGCAAGAACCUCUUUCCAAAACCGUACAGCAGGCACUUGCUAGACUCGCCGACUGGAUAGUUGCGGAUAUAGUACACAGCGCGAGAGCUCGGCGUCAACGCGAGCGCAGACGGAUGCUUGAGCUGCUUUCCCAAGCUCAGCAGCACUGCGACGACCACGUCAACAUGGAGGAAGCGAUACCCCGGAUGCUCCAAGAUGUCUAUCCUAACACAGAAGUGAGUAUCAAUCUGAUCACAGAUGGCCAAGCUACCCUUAAUGGUGGUACAAGCUUUCGCACUUGUGAAUUGGAACAGGGUCUCUGGGAAGACACUGCUUACUUUGAUUAUGCCAUCGAGAACCUGAAUCACUCGGAUAUGACUGCCCCCCGGGCUGUACGAGUAAUUGCGGCGCAGUGCACCAGUCAACGUGCGGCGAUGUUCCUGGUUGUAGCCAGCAAUGAUCUCAAGAUGGUGUUUGACGAUAUCGAUUCAUGGUUCGUACACAUGUGCGCGAAUAUACUGUGUCGUUAUUGGCAAGGCCGCGCACUACAAGAAGCACUCAGCGCUAAGGAAACCUUCCUCCGCGGUAUUACGCAUCAGCUUCGAACUCCCAUUCACGGCAUCCUUGGUUCAGUCGAGCUUUUGACGGAAGAGCUGAAAUCUCGAAACGUGGUUCCGUCGACAGCCGCCUCCUCACCUACUGCGAGCCCGGAUAUCGAACAGCUCGAUCCUUACACUUAUAUCAAGACCAUCAAGACUUCUGCGAGAGAGCUCAUCUCCACAGUAAACAGCCUUAUCAAGUUGAAUCAAUGGGCAGAUAUUGCCCAGGCGGAGCGCGUUCUCACUAUGCACAAGAUCUCCGAGAUCGAGGACGCUCUGCUCAAGGAAACCCUACUAGGACUCUCUGACGAUCUUUCAACAAGGCCAUCAUUUAUCAUUCAACACCACCUUCCGACGAGCUGCGACUUGCUCGCUGUCGACAAGCGUGUUUUUCUAGAUUGUAUUCAGCCACUUAUGGUUAAUGCUGCCCAGAAUGCUGCUGGCGGCAUAGUAGCAGUCACACUGUCGGUCACGGAAGGCUGCCAGUCUCUCAUCGUCGAUGUUGAGCACAGUGGGCAUAAGACGUCCAAGGGAUAUUACGACCGCGUGUUUGAUGCUCACGAAAAGAUUGAUCUCAGUGGCACAGAUACUGCCUUGGGCUUGACAUUGGCGAGCAAAGCAGCGACUCUUUUAGGUGGCGAGAUCACACUGGUGCGCUCGAGCCAAGGUCCAGGCUCACAUAUCAAAGCCACGUUCAACGAGCCCAUCUGUGCUAGCUCACUACCAUCUUCCCGUGCGGCAAAGGACAGGUUCACCCGACUACCGCCAACGUUCCAUCACCUCGCAUCGGAGUCUUCAACAUCAUCUCUGGGCUACUACUUCACCCAAUAUCUCUCAGGUGCUGGCUGGUCAGCGUCCCGGACGCUUCAUGACAGUUUCGUGAUCGUCGACUAUACACCAAAUCUCGCUGAACUCUAUAGACACACAUCAAGUAUAGGUACAGAACAAGUUGCAAUCUGCCUCGUUCCAGAAUGCGCAUGCUUUCUUGACUUCCAUACCGAACGAGUCCGGCGGCAAGGGAACGUGGUCUACGUUCAAGGUCCUUUUCUGUCAGAGACACUUGAACAAGCACUGGAGCACGCAGAUGCAAUCUCGGCUGAAUUCCGAUCGUCCACCCCGGAUGCAGGGGUCAACGCAACCGGCGGCGUCGCCAUUGAGCCUUUUAGCCCACCCUCCACACCCCACACGAACGGGCGUCCGGGACUUCCAGCCGAGCGGGGCUCAAUAUUCCCUGAAAAGCUACAAACUGAAUUGGUACAGUCUGUACGGAGCUUGCGCAUUCAAACCAAGCCUACUCUCACUCUGACACAGGCUCCGGUGGCGUCGGACAAACCCUUGACCCUACUUGUCGAUGAUAACGCCGUCAACCUCCGUCUACUAGAGAUGUACUGCACUCGACGUAGCAUCCCAUUCCGGAGCGCAAAAGAUGGACAGCAGGCUGUCAACAUCUUCUCAGAAGCCCUCGUACCCAAGUAUGAUUCACUUCUACGACAAAGCUUACCUACACAGCCUUUCAAAUUGAUUCUCAUGGAUCUUCAGAUGCCCGUAUGUGACGGCAUUGAUGCAACAAAGCAGAUACGACGGCUGGAAAAACAGCAUAAGCACGAAAGAAGCGUCUUAUUCAUUGUCACUGGUCAAGACUCUUCGAAUGAUCGCAAAGCUGCAGAGGACGCUGGCGCAGAUGAGUUUCUGACCAAGCCAGUUGGGCCCAAGGUCCUCGACCAGUGGGUGAAGAAGUGGUACCCCGAUCUCGACAUAUGA